GCUGGGCGAAGAAGACUGACUUCCGGCCAGGCCGUCGUCGGAGUAGCGCGGCGGAGUCAUCGCUGGGCCUUGCCUCCUCGAUCUCCCAUCCUACCCCCCCGCCCUGGUGCGGGGGGUCGACCAGCCAAGUGAGGCAGGAGACGACUCAGACUUUCCCCUGCAUUUCCUUCCAGCCAGCGCCCCGGUUCCCCGCCCUAGGGUCCUUGGGGCCCGCGAGGCCCGGUCUGAGGGGCCGAGGCCUACGUGGGCCCACCGCUGGGCCCCAUGAGGCAUAGCCUGACCAAGCUGCUGGCGACCUCGGGCAGCGACUCCCCGACCCGCAGCGGGAGUCCGGCGCCGGCGGCGGCCUGCUCGCUGCCCCCGGAUGUGACCCGGGCGGUGGCGGCGGCUGCGGAGAAGGAGACGCCCGCGGCCGUAUCUGCCGGCCGCAAGCAGUCGCGCGGCGACGAGGGCGAGUUGGAGGCCCGGAGGGGGAGCCACGGCGGCCUGGCCGUGCGCGCGCCCUCGCCUGAGGCGAUGGAGGACGAGGCGAUCGCCAGCGUCCCGGGGGAGGAGCCGGAGGACAUGGACUUUUUGUCCGGGCUGGAACUGGCGGAUCUGCUGGAUCCCCGGCAACCGGACUGGCACCUGGAGGCCGGGCUCAGCUCUCCCGGGCCUCUGUCCUCGUCCGGCGGCGGUUCGGAUAGUGGCCUGUGGAGAGGGGACGAAGACGACGAGGCUGCAGCUGCUGAGAUGCAGCGCUUUUCUGACCUGCUGCAGAGGUUGUUAAACGGUAUCGGGGGCUGCAACAGCGGCAGUGACGGUGGCAGUAACGAAAAGAGGCGGAGAAAGUCCCCGGGAGGAGGCAGUGGCGGCGGCAGCGGCAGCGGCAACGACAACAACCAGGCGGCGACAAAGAGUCCUCGGAAGGCGGCUGCGGCAGCAGCCCGUCUUAAUCGGCUGAAGAAGAAGGAGUACGUAAUGGGGCUGGAGAGUCGGGUGCGGGGUCUGGCAGCCGAGAACCAGGAGCUGCGGGCUGAGAAUCGGGAGCUGGGCAAACGCGUACAAGCACUGCAGGAGGAGAGUCGCUACCUACGUGCUGUCUUAGCCAACGAGACCGGGCUGGCUCGCUUGCUGAGCCGGUUGAGCGGCGUGGGACUGCGGCUGACCACCUCGCUCUUCAGAGACUCGCCCGCCGGUGACCAUGACUACGCUCUGCCAGUGGGAAAGCAGCAGCAGGACCUCCUGGAAGAGGACGACUCAGCGGGAGGAGUGUGUCUUCAUGUGGACAAGGAUAAGGUGUCGGUGGAGUUCUGCUCGGCGUGCGCCCGGAAGGCGUCGUCUUCUCUUAAAAUGUAGGGUCAAGUAAUCUGCUCUUUAUCCGCGUUUAUCCCUUUCAACUCCCUUACACCAUGUAAAACACCUUAGUGGGACAUCUUCACUGGACACAUUUCAGAGGAGGAAACAGUAAUAUUGAAUCUUUAAUGUUUAGCUAAAAGCAUGAAUGUGACACUGUAACCAACUCCUAAUGAUAACAUGUGACUAUUAAAUUUCUCUGACAGUUUCUUUUUUAGGUGAUUUCCUUCCUGCCAGGCUCCGUUGUAGGGGUUACAGAACAGUCGUUCCCGCCUCACAACCUGCUCUUCUGUCCCCAGUGUGGACAUGGCCUUGGAUGACAUCGGUUCCAACUGUACACUGAAACCUGCUUAUAGAGAUACAGUUUGGAUACAUUGAAACAGGUGAAGUUGAAUGGAAGUUCCGAAUUGUACAAGGUGCAAAUUGGAAUUUCAAUUUAUAGCAACUUUUGAGAGGUUGACAAUAAGCAUUAGGGGCAUGAACAAAUGUGAUAUUUUGCUGGAGAUGACAGAAAUCUCUUCACUUAGUUUGCAGGUGAACAUAUAGAAUCUAUUCAUAUUAACAGAUUUUAAUAUCUCACCAUUAGAGAAGUUGAAAAUUAAUUUGCAUAUCAGAUUCUUGUGUUAGUUGAUUGGAGGAAGGAAAAGAACGGUUAAUGAAAUGUUUUUUUUUUUUGAGGACCAGUACAGUGAUUACCCUAUCACUGACUAUGAAUAAAUUGUUGAACAUCUUUAUUUUUGCUGUAUUAAAAUUUUAGGUUAAAUUUAUGUAUGUAUGAUUAGAUAUUGAAGGUUGUGAAAUGUGAAUGAAAAAGUGUAAAGUGAGGCUUCACAAAGAAUCUUACUCUCCUUAUUGCAAAGGCAUUUGGCUAAUUUAAAAAUGAUUUUUAAAAUUAAGUGAAUCUGGUCACUUAAAUGACAUGAUUGACACUAUUUUUCCAAAGAUGGGACAUACUCUUUUGAAGUACUCUAUUAAUCUGUUGUCCUGUUGUGUAAAUUGGUAUAGCAUCCUUCAUUGUAAGAAGCAUUAAGAAAUUCUUUGUGAAACAUCACUGUUUGAUAAAGUAUAUACAUAUUUAGCAUCCUUGUUUUUCUUUGUGCUAAAGUGGAUACAGCUGUUGGGGCAGAAGAGACGGGACCAGCUCCUGGCCACAUUUCCUGCUUUAUUUUAAAAGGUAGUAUAAGAAAUGAGGAAAAGAGGUAAUAUCAGGGCUUCUGCUGUCUUUUAUUUUUAAAAUGUUCAUAAUUAAAAAGUAUUUUCCAGCAGUCCAAAGAUGUAAGUUAUCGUAUGAAAUGUUUUAUUAUUUGUUAUUUGGUUAUGAAAAUGGAAUCCUUGUUCUUGCACAACUGUAAAUGUUUUGUUGUUAGAUGAUAAGAUUUGAGGUCUAAAUUGGUCUCUGGUUUCCAGUGCAUCACAGCAUAUUUUGUAACAUCACCUACUGCACUUGAGCAUGAAUGGGUAGUAGCCAAACUUACAACCUGGAGUGAUGAACCUGCUUAUACCUUAGUGCAGGAGCAAGCCCCUCACAAUGCAGCUGCAUGGAUUUUUAGUGCCUACUGAAUUAUAUAUAUAAACCAAAAGUAGUUGGAAAAAUUAUUUGAAAUUAUUUGUGCUAUCUUUAUGGAAUAUGUUAAAUGUAGCUUUUGAAACAGAAGCCUUGAAUUGAAAUUUAACUAAUACUUGAACAUUUUGUAUAUAUUUCUUUGUAUAUAAUUUUGUGCAGUAUCAAUGACAAAAAUGUGUCAUAAUAAAACCAGGUUUGUUGAUCUUUCAGUUAUGGGCUCAAAGAAUUUAUUCAUCUCUAACAUGACAUUGGGAAAUAAUGAAUAAAAAUAGAAAAAAUGUUAUUAAUACUGACUGUGGGUCUUAAAGGGUUCUGGAAGCAGUGAGUGUGUUUUCUAAAAUUAUUCCACUUCUUUGGAAGAUUUUCUUAACAUCAGUUCUUUUUCUGUAUUUUUUGAAGUUUUGAGACUGGGGAGAAACAGUAGUCAAAGCUUUCUAAAUUGAGAUGCUUUGGAAUUUCAAAUAUAGAUUUUUAGAAUGUCAUUUUAUAAAUGGCAGUUUUUGGAGAUAAUUAACUUUUUGAAAAUGGAAAGAUUAGUAUGGCCUAUUUUUAAAGCUGCUUUGUUAGAUUCCUUAUGUUUUAUUAACUGUCUUUUCUUAGUUUCCAUUUCUUUUUUUUUUUUCCUUCUAAUUUUGGUGACUUAAUGAUUUUGUCAUUUUUUUACAUCAAUUUCAUGGUCUUGUUUUUACAUGGUAAUUGUAUGCAUUUAGGACCUAACAGGGACUUUAAAGAAAUUUGGUCAUAUUUAUGUGUAAGCACAUUUUAUUGUAAAUGUUUGGGUUUCUGAAUUUACAACAGAUCUGUUUAUUUCGGUAUGUAGUAAACAGUAUCUUAAAGUGUCUAAUUCACUACUUGUUAAUUAAAAAAGUUAUGAUUAAUAUGAAACUGUUGUCUCACUAUUUUAAGAAAAUUGUGUUCUGAAUGGUUAGUAUUUGGAUAAAGGAGGUUUCUGGAAUAUAAUAGGGAUCCUUUUGAAAUUUUUAGAUUUGGUUCUAUUUAUUGUAAUGGAUGAAAGCAAUUUAGUAUUUGGUGAACUUUUUUUUUUUCUAAUUGUGCCUCUAGUUUCUAGGCUACUAUGACAAAUGGUAAAAUGAUAUAGAACUAGACCUAAAAAGUAGCUUUAAAAAUAAUUGUCUUCUGAUGGUGGCAGGAAUUCAUACAUUAACUGAACUAACACAUCAUAUUGACCGUUACUAUUCCUAUCAUUGGCUUACUGUUUUUGCACUUCCCAUUCCAGACUUAAUUAAAAAGCCUACAUUUUAAAAAAAGUAGUCACACUUCUAAUACAAGUCAACGAAAAGUGUUCAAAAUAUUUUAAUUAAAUAUUUAUGCAUUUUAUAAUCACUAAAUUAAUCUCUCUCUCUUCUCUUUAAACAGCUUAGCAGUGUCUGCAAAAACGAAUGUUUUCCUACAACCUGUUAACUGACUGGACUGAUGAUAACAAAGUAGUUGUGGGAGCCAUGUCGGUCAAAAAUUUGGCAUCUGCUGAAAAAAAUGAAUGCCAUUUUCAAGUUCCCAAAUUACUUCUAUACUGAUUUCACUUUCCAGAAAUGGAGAUAUGAAAAGAUUCUCUGGAAUCCUUGAAAGACUUAAUAGGAAUAUAUGAGACUAAGUUAAUUUUGGAACAAAAUUAUUCUUUUUUUUUUUUUUUUUUUUUUGGUCUUUCAUGAGAGUGAUACCCAGUUCUUUGCAUACCUUUAAAAAUAUUGUCACUACCUAUUGGAGAAGAGAACUAUAGUAUUUCAUCAAGGAAUAUUAGAUUCUUUACAUAAUCAAGACCACAUUCUAUGGAAUUUCAUUUAGUGGACUAGAAUUACAUAAACAGGCCAUCAGUGAUCACAAGACAUAUCAUGAGUUUGUAUUUCUUUCCUGGAACAUGAGGUAAUUUGUGAAAGUACAGGGAGAUACCUUGGCGAGUAGAAUAUAAAAGUUAAUGUGUAAAGUCUUUAAUUUUAUGAAGAGUAGUCUUUUUUUUUUUUUAAAAUAGAUGCAUUGAUUUGUCUGCCUGUAUAUCUGAAAGAAUUGAUUACCGUUAAAUGUUUAGGUAGAAUUAAUUACAAUUCAGGGAAACAGCAGGAUGUGUGGAUUCUGAGGUUUUGGCCUGAGUUUUCUGAGUAUUUACACUGUUUUGGGAAUAUUUUGAGGUUUCUAAUGAAUAGUAUAAUAGUUUCUGUUGUUUUAUAUUAAAAUUUGUCUAGUGUUAUAUAAGGGCUAUAGUAUUCUAGAAGAUGGGAGUGGCACUUCUUUUUUGGCAUAUGGUUUUAUUUAAUUGAAAUAUUUCAGCCAUUACAAGUGUGAAAAAACAUGCAAGAACUCUGAAUUGUUUUAUUUCAUUUUUAUUUGAUUAUUCUAAUACAUCCUUUCACAUGAUCUAGAGUCAUUUUAUUUUACUGACUCAGUUUUGGAAGUAUGCAGAUGCUAGAAGUAGAAGAGAAUAGGAGAUAGGCUUCUAUUUCUAUUGUUUCCAGAAUGAUUCAUUAUUAAUUACAGUCAGUUAUUGUACAACAUUUAUUAAACCCACUCAGUUGCUUGUAACCUAAGUGUGUUUGCGGCCUGUGUAGCCAGAUAUCUAGCAAAGAACAUUCCCACUGGCUUAUACAAAAGUGACUGCUGCUCCUUUAGUACAGCUGGUUAUAAUUGCAAAACAAAAUGUUUAGGCACCAAUACUAUUAGCUCACCAUAACUACUGCUUUGAUAGAGUAGAUAAUUCACUCUAAUGAAUUUUAAAUAUGUAAUUACCUAGUCCAACAUUUUGAAGGUAUAGUUUAAGGCCUUAGUAAUGUCAAAUUUUUAAGCUAAAUAAUCUGAUGACUCUUGAAAGUUGACUUGGUUGGUAGUUGGGAUAUUUUCAGUUAUUUAUUUUUUCCCAGACCCACUAUUAAUAUAGUUUGAGAACCUCCCAAAUUUUUGCAUUCUUACUGAUCCCUAUGCUGAACUAGGCCAGAGAUCAAAGGGGACGUCUUUGUUUGGCUAGCACAGUAUUUUUUAUAUAUUUAAAUUUGAAUACCUUUACAUAUGGCCUCUAUAGAAGUCACUCCAUAUUGUCUUAAAACAGUUGAGCUCUGACCAAGACCCUAAAUGGUCAUUUACACUUGGGGUUUUAAAAUGCAAAAGAAUUAAAUUGGAGAUAAUUAAAUUUUAUUCAGAAAGUAAGUUAGCUUAUCAUUAGAUAUAUAAAUCAUAUAAUAUUGGAGAAAAUUUGACCUUUUUCCCCCAGAUUACAGGUCAAUAGGAAGUUUCUUAACUUGCCUUUUUCAUUGCUUUGUUUACUGAUCACAGUGUUUUAUUCCCAGUUUUUUACCUUUUCCCAAUUUUUACAUUCAAGGUUUCUUACAGUAGAGCCAUUUCCCCCACUUUUAAAAAAAGAAACCAGUUCAGAACAGAAUUUAUUAUAUUUUUGUAAUUUUGUUGACUCCAAAGUACUUGUUUUAUUGAAAAUAUUUUUAAGUUUUCCUUGAUUUUAAUUGAAAAAUCUAGUCAUUUAUAGUGUUUUGAACAUUUGUGUAGUUCUGUUACUACACACAGAUUUGAAUUUUACUGGUAGCCCAACUUUCUUUAGAAUGUGCCUCUAAAUUUGUAGUGUGGACAGUUUCCUAGAACUCUGGUUCUUGGUAUACUGCAGUUUGGGGUUUAUAAACUAUAUUGAUGUCUUGGUUUAAGUAUAGUAUGAACCUUCUUUUUUAUUCUUUUAAAGUCAAGUAAUUAUACAAAGUGAAUUGUAAAAGAUUUAAGUAGGUUGUUUACUGUGACUGGACAGAAAUAUUAAACACUUUCUUUUCCAGACUGAAUGAAGCAGUGUUCUUUAAGUUUUAACCACAAAUGACUGAAAGCUUAAAUUGUCAUGCAGGCCACGGCAGGUUCAUGUUACUUAUCUGCCCUCUGAGCAAAAUUUUGGUAAAGUAGAUAUGCAGCAACAGAUUUAAAAUAACAUGCUUUAUUGCUUAUGUUGCCUGUUUCUAUUAAUUGAAAAGAGGAUUUAAUAAAUACAUGGUAGAGGACAGAUGUUAGAAGGAAAUUUUGGUUAUGUAAACAAUUAUAAACUUACACCUAUUUACAAGUGGUAUUGUGCUAGGGAGGAAAUAUUGUGGGAAUGUUUAAGGAUAAGGAAACAAUUUAUAUUAAAUUAGCAAACAAUUUAGUUGUAUAGGUGGGCUGUGAAUGCUCUAAAAGUUGAUCAUUCUGUAUUCUUAAAGAGUCUAAUUCAGUAAUUUGGGUUUCUUUCUGAAGUCAGGAAUUAUUUUUACUUUUUUAAAUUGUGAUAAGUAGAACUCUGCUUUAAAUAGAAGUGACAAUACAGGUAAAAUAGAUAAUUUUAGGUCACAGAGCUUUUACUCUUGAUUUUUUUUUACCUAGUAAAAUAAUCAGGUAAUUUUUUUUCCUUUUAAAUAAUGUAUACUUUUUUCUGGUUGUAGAAGUAAAGCAUAUUCAUAAUUAUAGAAAAUCUGAAAAUUUCAGAAAGGAAUCAAGAAGAAAGAAAAACCACCCAUAAUUCUAUAAUCCGUAGAGUAUCAGUAGUAAACAUUUUCGCUUAUUUCCUUUCAGAUUUUCUUCUAUGAAUAGAAGAUUUCUUUGCCUCACAAUUAGGAUCAUUUCUUAUGUAAGUUAGGUAGGGAAUAUAUUUUUAUGUGCCUUUUGAAAGAAAUUGUAUUUGCUUUCCAAAAAAUUGAAAAUGCAUUUUCUCAGUACUGCUUCAUUACAUUCCUUCAAAGAGAUGCUAAAAGCCGAAGUCAGUUGUGAAGUUGCCUUUUCUAGGUGACAGGUAAAAUUCUCCCUUUAUCUGAUUUUAAGUAGUACAAGAUUACUUGACAGAUAUGUCACUGUAUUUGGAGGCAGUAGUUAAAAAGCUUGUGAAUAUGGUGUAAGGUGGCACUUAAAAUUUUGUUGGGUAGUUUUUCUUAUGAUGACUUGACUUGAUUCAUAAGUGUUGGUCUAGACCUGUGCUGUCUAAUACUGUAGCCAUCAGGCGUAUGUGGCAAAACAUUAAUUAAAUUUAAAAUUCAUUUAUUCAGUUGCACUAGCUACAUUUCAAUUGCUCAAUAGCCACAUAUAGCUAGUGGCUGCCAUAUGGUUACUGCAGAUAAAAAACAUUUCCAUCAUCAUAGAAAGUUCUUUCGAAUAGUGCUGAUACAGAUGCUGUCACCUAAGAAAAUGGUUUAAAGAUGAGAAGUUUUAAGAAAGGGAACAUAAUAGGUUUCUCUAAAAAUUGAAAUCUAUCUCAGAAAAUGAGGAACAGACUUGGAUAUUUCAGAAAGCAAAACAAGGAGCAAUAGGGAGAAUUAUAUCUAUCAUUUGAGUGCCAGAUACAUCAUGUGCUACGUUAGGCAACUUACAAAUAUUAUUUCAUGUAAUAAACCAACCUUGAAAAGUUACCCAUGAAGAAACUGAGGGUCAAAGAGGUUAUUUAACUUAGCGUCACCUAGAGAAGAGGCUCAUGGCUUCCACAGAAUUAUCCCACACUAGAUGGAAGCUUCAAAGAAUUUCCUCUGUUGGCUGAGAAUAUAGCUUUCCAAGGAUAUAAAUAAUUUGACUUUUGAAGUGGAUGGCUUUGCCAUUGAAAGAGCUCAAGCUGAACCUGAAUAACCAUCUGUCGAGAAGAUUGUAAUUGUUCCCUCUGUGAGGAAGGGCAUUAAUGCUUAAUGUAAAGGAGUGGAGUGAGCUAAACUGAGGAGACUACUGGGCAAACUAAAGUAAUGCCCUUGUUAAAGUGGUUAGUCUUUAGUGCGAUUCAGCUUUUUUUGGCACUGUGUAGUCUUUUGUUGUAGGUCCUGGAAUUGUACCUCAUGUAAUAAAUUAGAAGUUUAUGUUUACUUACACAUUAGACAGGUUGUUUUUAACAUUUUAUUCUUGUUUACAUCUCUGCUUAAAAUCAGUGAAUUUCUAGGCCAGGUUCAGGUAACUGAAGGGCUUUUAUAAGUAGUUUAUAUUGUCUAGAUCCAAGGUAUGCUGCAAACACAGUCUGGAGCAAAAUGGGAAAUAGCAUCUUUCUAAAGACAGGCUUUGAUAUUCUAAUCCAGUAGGUUAAAAUGUUCCCUUUCUCGGGUAGCACAGCUGAGAUAUAUCUGUAAGAAAACAUUGAGACAUUUCACUAGAAAAGUUUGUUGUAUCAUAUGGCAAGCCUAUAUUAAUAUAUACUGAUCCUAUAAGUAUUAAGAUAAAGCUAGUUUAGGUAAAGAUUAAGGCAGUGCUAUUCUCUUCAGUGUCUCCUAGUUCUAAAAUGUAUCCUGUUGUGUUUUUUUGCUUUUUUUUUUAAAUCUUUCUGGUUUGCCUCUGGAGGCUCACAGCAUAAAUUACUUGAUGCAUUAGAGUUCAUCAGAGAAUGGUAGAAUUAUUUGGCUAGCAGGCUUUUAGCUAGACAUUUUCUGAUUGUUCUCCUUUGGUGGAAGUGCUCAAAAUGUCUUAAUUCUUUCAAAUCAAAACAUGAUACUGCCUUUGGUCUAAAUGCCUUAAACAGAGAAAUAGUGUUUUGUGAGUUUUAUAGGUAGUCACAUAUAUUAUUAAAGUUUGUUAAUAAUUAUGAGGAAACAAUUAAAAGAGAAUCCUACCUGGCUGCUAGGCCACCAUUCACAGGAAUAGCCAAGAAAAUAGGGUACAGACCACCAAAAACAAGACCAACAAGUCCUCCCCGUGUUACAGCACAGGUCUCACAAUUCAAAUCACCUAGGAAGUGAAGGUUGGAAUAGUUAGGUACACAUGAUUUAAAGAAUGCAAGGUACCCAUAUAUAAUAGAUAUUGCAUAUUUUACUAUCACUGUGGAGUGUGCUACCCCAAAGUACAAACUGUAUUGGCGAUAAAUGAUAGGUAACUUAAUUUUCAGGCAGUAAUACAGUAAAUGAAAUUCUGCAAGGUAUGUUAGGUUUAAUUAACAUGUAUGGAUAACCUAAAAUAGCUAGAAAUAAUUGAUAAGAAAAUUCUCUUUUGUUCCAAACUUGAAUGUAAUCCCAUGGUUUUGGCUGCUGCUCACUUUUUUGUAUUUGUUUUGUAUCAGCAGACUUGAGCUAAUAUUUUUCUGUCUUUGAGACACUUUUUUUAACCUGUGGGAAUUUUUUAAAACAUCAAACUUCAUCUUAGUUUUUACAUUAUACAUGUGACUUUACUCUUUUCUAAAUGAGGAUAAAGGUAUAUUAGAAAGAGAAAGCUAAUAACUUAGCUUUCUAUUUUUAGUCUUAUCCCUUAGUCUGUUCACUUCAUUGGGCAAUAGGUUUCCCUUCAUCAUAAAAAUACUUUCCACACUGGUCAUGGGAUUCAAACAAAAUACUAAAUCACUUUAAACAAAUUUGUAAUAGCACUUAACCAAAGGUAAAGAGAAUUAGAUAAUAAAAGAGAUAUACUACCCCUAUACCCCUCUAGUAACAAGAAUUGAUUUUCAAAAGGAAGUCUGGUCUCCAUAUAUUUGAUAAUUCUUGUGUAUGCAUUUAGUGGUUUAAGAAAUUUGCUCCAUAGAGUCUUUAAGAAAUAAGGCAGGCAGCAUCUUUAAAAAAUAAGGUUUCCAAAUAUCUCUUACUAUAAAUAAGCACUGUGAUAAAGAUAAACUAGACUUAGAACUGCUGUGUAUGUGUACUGCUGUGUAGUACAUCUUACUUGGCAGAUAGACCAUGCUAAUAUGAAUUAGUUGCCACAGUACAUGAAGAUACUAGCAAGUUUCAAUCUCAAAGUAACACAUAGCUACUUGAUAAUAAUAUGUGUUAAGUAUUAAGUUGUAAAUAAUAUAUACCAACUUUCUGGUAAUAGUGAAAUAGAAUUUACCUGUACUCAAAGGUAAACUUACAAAACCUCUGUAAGAUACAUGUGCUGUCAAAAAUGGGAUCACUGCCAUUGGUAAGCCAGCAGCUAUGCGAGCCUGUGUCACAUUUAAGACGCGUCGAAAAAGACUGUUUGCUAUCAGUCCACAGAGGGCAGCAUUAAGUCCAAUAUAUGUUGAUCCAUGUUCAAAUAGACUCCUGAGAGUGUGAGAGAAAAAAAUAGCAUUUUUUUUUUGUUGUUGUUCUAUUGUGUAUGUAAGAUAUCCAACAAUUCUGACAUGUUAUAGAACUUAUCAAGACUGGAAUUAACUGGAUACAUCUCUUAAAGCACCUUAAGCACAAAAACCUUAAAAAAUUGUUCUAUGUAUAGAUCUUUAUUCUAAAAGGCUCUCAGAUUUGGUCAACACUUAAGGAGAAAGUGAAACAUUCAGAUCUUGCUAAAUGUAUUUUUUGAUUUUGCAAAGGAUGUUAAUAUAGAAAGUUCCCCCGCGUAGCAGAGAACGGCUUCUGGGGAGCCUGAUUUUUUAGGUGCCUCUCCUCUGGGCUCGCAUAGUAUCCAAUACUACCUCUCUAGCAUAACACCUUAUAAGGUGGUACUAUCUUAUAUUCAUUUACAUGUCAUACUUCCCCAUUAGUAUAUAAACAACUUGAAUAUAAAGAUAUAUUCAACUUGGUUUCAACAGUACCUGAUACAUAGAAGGUAUUCAAUAGUGUGGAAUUAAUGUGUUUCCUUUCACUCUUCACUGAAGCAUUAAUGCAAGGAUUGGAGGACAGGGGAAGUAAGUACUAACAUUUAGGGGAUAUUAUGUGCUAAGUACUCUCCAACAAUUCACUGAAAUAAAGACUACAUUGAUGUUCUGAGACAGUAAA